UAAAUAUGAGUCAAUUUCCAAGGAUAUUUGAUGAUGAAUUUUGAUGAUGUGAUCAUUGGGGAAGCUACAAUGCUCGUAAGUGUGAAAAAUGUAAGUCACUUUUUUCAGUGCCAUUGCAAAUGCAAACAGUCACUAAAUGAAUGGUUGUAAUUCGAGGACUACCUGUAUCUCAAAAGAAUCCAGACAUCUAAAAUAUUACUCCUUGUUCUUGUUUCUUAAACAAAUGCAUGGGAUUAUUUCUUUCUAUGACGUAAUGAUUUCUGGCCGUUGCACAAAAUAUUUUAUGAAGCAUUAUUUUCUUCUCAUGAUACCCCAAACAACACAAUGAGAUCCAGUAAAUUUUUAACAUCAUGUUUUCUUGAACAAGCCAUAAUUUCAGACCUUCUGGAAUUUUAUUGCAGUUUCCCAUUGUUUAGUUCCUAGCUGUAGAUACGUUUCAGGAAUUGAGAAGCUUCCUUUCUUUCCUUCAAAAACUGCUUUCAUCUCUUGGGGAUAUUGUAAAAAUGGUAUUGAACUGGGGGUGGGGGGAUUUGCACACGUUGUUUUGUGUGUUUAUGAAUGAAACUUCUCUUUUGUUGUUACCAGAAGCAGCUUUUAUGAUGUUCCAUUGUAGGACUAGAUUAUGAGUGCCAACAAGAAUACCCGCUACAAUCGUUUCUCCAACAGUAACACUCCAACAAUAACACUCCCAGAAAACACAAACGGGACAAGAAUGGAAACUACUUUUGGACCCACAUACUCUGCUGUGACCACCAUCACCAAAGCAGAUGGAAGUAGUUCAUACAAACAACAUCGCCCGACACCCUCCUCCUCAAGUACACUUCCCUUUGCCUCCCGAGAUGAGGACGACAGCAUGCCACCAAUCACCCGUCGGUCUGACUCUGCCAUCUCUGUUCGGUCGCUGCAUUCGGAGUCCAACAUGUCCCUGCGCUCAACAUUCUCUCUCCAUGAGGAAGAGGAGGAGCCAGAGCCUUUGGUGUUUGCUGAGCAGCCUUCUGUGAAACUCUGUUGCCAGUUGUGUUGCAGUGUGUUUAAGGAUCCCGUCAUCACGACCUGUGGGCACACGUUUUGCAGGAGAUGUGCCUUAACCUCUGAGAAGUGCCCAGUGGACAAUGCCAAACUGACAGUGGUGGUGAACAACAUUGCAGUGGCUGAACAAAUCGGGGAGCUCUUCAUUCACUGCAAGUACGGCUGCCGGUCCAGCGCCAGUGGCAAGCCUUCAGCCUUCGAGGUGGACCCCCAUGGGUGCCCCUUCACCAUUAAACUGAGUGCCAGGAAGGACCAUGAAGGCAGCUGUGACUACCGGCCAGUGCGCUGCCCCAACAAUCCCAGUUGCCCUCCGUUGCUCAAGAUGAACCUGGAGGCACAUCUGAAGGAGUGUGAGCACAUCAAGUGCCCUCACUCCAAAUAUGGGUGUACAUUCAUAGGAAACCAGGAUACCUACGAGACUCACCUGGAAAUGUGCAAAUUUGAGGGUCUGAAGGAGUUCCUCCAGCAGACGGAUGAUCGCUUCCAUGAGAUGCAAGUGGCCAUGGCUCAGAAGGACCAGGAGAUCGCCUUCCUGCGCUCCAUGCUGGGCAAGCUUUCCGAGAAGAUAGACCAGCUGGAGAAGAAUUUGGAACUGAAAUUUGGUGAGUCUCUACAAGAAAGCAGAGCACAUAUGGAGAAAGAAAAGUCUUUGGUCUUCCCAGAAACCUUCUGUUUGGCCCACAAGUAUGGAGUCCUGGCAAUCAUUGGGGAAGGGGGAGGAAUAUCCAGGCCAGAGCAGGUGUGGGAUACCUGUACCACUUACAAGUGCCAAAAGACUCUGGAAGGUCACGAUGGAAUUGUCCUGGCACUCUGCAUCCAGGGGAACAAACUGUAUAGCGGCUCAGCUGAUUGCACCAUUAUUGUUUGGGAUAUUCAGACCUUGCAGAAGGUCAACACCAUUCGUGCACAUGACAAUCCCGUGUGCACUCUUGUCUCCUCGCACAACAUGCUUUUCAGUGGCUCCCUGAAGGCUAUUAAGGUCUGGGACAUUGUUGGCACUGAGCUGAAACUGAAGAAGGAGCUGACAGGCCUUAACCACUGGGUCCGGGCGCUUGUGGCAUCCCAGAAUCACCUGUACAGUGGCUCCUACCAAACCAUUAAGAUCUGGGACAUCCGGAACCUGGAAUGUGUCCAUGUCCUGCAGACAUCUGGGGGAAGCGUCUACUCCAUUGCGGUCACCAACCAUCACAUCGUCUGUGGCACUUACGAAAAUCUCAUUCACGUGUGGGAUAUUGAGUCGAAAGAGCAGGUUCGCACCCUCACGGGACAUGUGGGCACUGUGUACGCUCUGGCAGUCAUCUCUACGCCAGACCAAACCAAAGUCUUCAGCGCCUCGUAUGAUCGGUCAUUGCGGGUAUGGAGUAUGGACAACAUGAUCUGCACCCAAACACUCCUGCGUCACCAGGGCAGCGUCACAGCGCUGGCUGUCUCAAGGGGCCGCUUGUUCUCCGGGGCUGUCGACAGCACCGUCAAGGUUUGGACCUGCUAGGACCUGCUUUGGAUGCCCCACUGCCAAAUACACACCGGCUGACUCCCUACACUCCAAGCGCCCUGCAGAUGUGCUGUGUUCCUUCUCGGUGGGCCUUCCACUCCCCAGCCAGCUGUGCAAGAGCUUUGGGCCACAUGAGAGCACCCUCUCCCUUCCGCAGCAGCAGCAACAGCACC